AUGUCGUCUUCAAAGGAUGUAGGCUCUGGCGUUCCUGCGUCAAGCAAGGGGUCUUGGGCUACUUUCCUCAAGUCUAUUGCUUCAUUUAACGGCGAUUUAUCUUCCCUUACAGCGCCUCCGUUUAUCAUUUCGUCUACCUCCCUGGUCGAGUUCUCUGCGUACUGGGCUGAGCACCCGGCCCUGCUCGUUGCCCCGUCACGCGAGCAGGACCCUCAGAAACGUGCCAUGUUGGUUUUGAAGUGGUUCCUCAGUACUUUACACCAGCAAUACUGCAGUCGAAGCGAGAAGCUAGGGAGUGAAAAGAAGCCAUUAAACCCGUUUCUGGGUGAGCUAUAUAUAGGGAAAUGGGCUGAUAAAGAUGUCGGCGAUACACUGCUGUUCAGUGAACAAGUGAACCAUCAUCCUCCGGUUACUGCUUACGCUAUCGAAAAUCAAAAGCACGGUGUCCAGCUACAAGGAUAUAAUGCUCAAAAGGCAUCCUUCUCAAAUACCAUCAAUGUGAAGCAAAUAGGCCAUGCCCUUUUGUCCUUCCCGACCCCCGGCUCCACUGAAAGAGAGACGUACCUCAUCUCACUGCCAUCGCUGCACAUCGAGUCUUUGAUCUAUGGAACUCCUUUCGUUGAGCUCAACAAAUCCACUUAUAUCACUAGUUCUACAGGAUACAUGGCCAAGAUUGACUACUCUGGCCGUGGCUGGCUUAGCGGCAAAAAGAACAGCUUUUCCGCUAUCCUCUACAAGCAAAGUGAAGGCGAAAAGCGCCCCCUAUACACUGUCGAUGGCCAGUGGUCGGAUUCCUUCAGCAUCAAGGACGCUUCAACCAAGAAGGAGAUUGACAAGUUCGAAGUCAAGAAGUCUAAGACCACCCCUUUGACCAUUGCUCCUAUUGAAGAACAGGACAUUUACGAGUCCAGACGGGCAUGGAAAGACGUUGCCGCUGCAGUUGAAAAGGGAGACAUGGACGCUCUAUCAAUAGCUAAAUCAAAGAUCGAGAAUGCGCAAAGAGAGCUCCGGAAGAUCGAAGUUGAGGAAAAGCGGGAGUGGGAAAGACGGUUUUUCAGCCGCAUCGAUUUAGACGGCAGCAAUGGUGAAAAUGAAGAAAACACCACUUUCAAAAAGCUACUAAAGACGGUUGGCUUUGGAACUGAUGGCUCAUCAGCAUCUAGCUUCAUCGAUUCCGACAAGACCGGUGGUGUCUGGAGAUUUAACUCUGAUCGAGCCAAGGAUGCAAAGUCUCCUUAUCACGCCGAUUCCGCGAAGGGAGUCGGGCUUGCUGUGAGCCCGCCUGCCGCCAAAUGA